UGGUCAACAACAAUUAUCUCGCUAUACACAAAUUUUUCUUAUCCACUCAAAUAUACAAUCACGCACCAAUCAUUAUUCCUGGCAUUUUCAUUACGUUAAUGCAUACAAUGAAUUAACAGUUAGCCCGAGGUGUUUAACAAUAAAUGAACACAUUCAACCAAAACCAUUACAAGCACCUUUCUCGCAGAAAAAUGUUUAUACCGGUUGUGAUCUUAUGCAUGUGAUAAAAAUAUAUUCUGUAGUAAAACUGAACUUGAGUGCUAAUUCGAUAAAAGUGAUAAUUACCAUCAACCAAACUUGUUACUUCCAUACACCGUCUGACCUGAAUACAAAAUUCCGACAGUCGCGCAAAAUUUGAUCUCUUGACUUCUAAUCGAUCUAGUAUGUGCAAAAUUUUCAUCUUCCUUCUAUUUGCAAUAAUUGAAGCAAGUAGCGAGAGGCCAAAUGUGAUUUUUAUCAUUGCGGAUGAUUUGGGGUGGAAUGACGUCGGUUUCCACGGCUCGGGUCAAAUCCCGACGCCCAACAUCGACGCAUUGGCUUACUCUGGUCUAAUUCUGCAAAACUAUUACGUCACACCGAUUUGCACCCCCUCUCGGAGUGCCCUAAUGACCGGAAAAUAUCCCAUUCACACCGGAAUGCAGCACACUGUGCUUUUCGGUGCUGAACCUCGAGGGUUACCCUUGACGGAGAAAAUUCUCCCGGAGUAUUUGAAAGAGUUGGGGUAUACUAACCGACUAGUGGGGAAAUGGCAUUUAGGUUCCUACACGAAGGAAUAUACGCCGCUAUAUCGCGGUUUUGACUCACAUUUGGGUUAUUGGACUGGUCAUCAGGAUUAUUACGAUCACACUGCUGUCGAAAACCCGGGUUGGGGGUUUGAUAUGAGACGGAAUAUGGACUUGGCGUACGACCUCCACGGGCAAUACUCGACUGAUGUUUUUACGCAAGAAGCGGUCAAAAUUAUAGAAAAUCACAAUACGACUAAUCCACUUUUUCUCUACUUGGCUCACGUUGCUGUUCAUUCUGCCAACCCUUAUAACCCUUUACCGGCUCCUGAUGAAACUGUUGAAAAGUUUUCAAACAUUCCGGAUUACAAGAGACAGAGAUUUGCAGCAAUGUUAUCAAAAUUGGACGAUUCUGUCGGUGCUGUGAUUGAAAGCCUUUCAAAAAAAGGAAUGUUGAAAAACUCGAUUAUCAUUUUCUCGACUGAUAAUGGAGGUGCAGCUGCUGGUUUUAAUUUAAAUGCUGCGUCGAAUUUCCCCUUGAGAGGGGUCAAGAAUACGUUGUGGGAGGGCGGCGUCCGAGGGGCAGGACUGUUGUGGAGUCCCCUCAUAAAACAACCCCAAAGAGUAGCUCAUCAAUUCAUGCACAUCAGUGAUUGGUUACCGACUUUGCUAAGUGCAGUGGGAGCAAAUUCAAGGUACAAUAUAAAAAAUAUUGAUGGACUUGAUCUUUGGGAACCUUUAUCUCAAAACAAAAACUCUCCCAGAAGCGAUAUUUUACACAACAUUGACGACAUUUACGGAAAUGCGGCUUUAACAGUCGGGGCUUGGAAACUCGUCAAAGGAACCACUUAUAACGGUGCCUGGGACGGUUGGUACGGCCCUUCCGGCCGCGACUACACUUACAACGUAUCAUUAGUUGUGAAUUCUCCAACGGGAGUUGCUUUAAAAUCAAUCAAUAUGUCUUUAGUCCCUGAAGAAAUAACAAAGUUGCUCAACUCCUCUCGAAUUGACUGUUCAAUGGAUAAAGAGCCAAUUCCGUGCAAACCACUUGAAGAAACUUGUUUGUUUAAUGUGAUUCAAGAUCCUUGCGAAUUGAGAAAUCUUGCCAAAGAGAAUCCGAAAAUUGUAAUGAAUUUAGAAGAAGCGCUUAAUAAAUAUAAUAACACAGCAAUUCCCCCUGGAAAUUUGCCCCUGGAUCCUAGAGGCAAUCCGAAAUACUGGAAUUACACAUGGACGAAUUUUGGGGACUAUAUCAAAGAAAAUAAAUUAACGUAUCGAGUGGAAAUUUUGUAAUAAAAAUAUUUGUACAAUUGUGCGUGUUUUUCUGAUUUCUUGGUAACAUUUUAUGUGGUUAUUGGGAACAAAAAGCAAUGAAAAAACACUUGAACCAGAUGUGAAAAGGAUGUGGUGUCUCUUAACGACUAACAUGUGACGUAAAUACAAAAUCAAACUUAGUUUUACAGUUUUUAUUCAUAAUAAUCAAAUUAAAAAAGUAUCAUUGUACAAAAUAAUAAAUUAGGCGUCUACAAGA